AUGAAGGCCACUGGGGCCUUCGUCGUCACGGGGGCCAACAAAGGCAUUGGGUUUGAAACAGUGAGGGAGUUGGGCAAAAGGCUGAACCUGAAGGAAGCUGCCAUUGUUCUUUGUUCUCGUACAUUAGCCGCGGGCGAUUCAGCAAUAUCAUCCCUGGCUAAGGAGGGUAUUAUAGCGGACCUGGAACUGCUUGACAUUACAGACAGAAGGAGCCGAAGGAACUUCAUUUUCUCACUGCAAAACAAGUACAAGCAUGUUGCCUGUCUUGUCAAUAACGCAGGCAUCGCUUUCAGACCUGGACUCAUAAAACCGCUUGCUGAACAGGCAAAGGCCACUUGCGAUGUGAACUACUACGGAACUCGAGAUAUCACGAUAGGCCUCGCUCCCCUGUUCGGAAAUAAUGCAAAAGUGAUAUUUCUCACAUCGAAUCUCGAGAACGCGGGACCUCCAUUCAUGAGCAGAAGUAACCGUGACAGGCUGCUGUCCAAUACUGUCACUGUCAAGACCGCCGUCAUUGGCUUGACGGCUGCAUUGGCCCGCCAGGCUGAGAAAGGCACUUUGAAUCCAGAUGCUGAAGGAAUCAUUAUCACUGCAUGCUACCCAGGGUGGUGUAAGACAGAUAUGGCAGGGUGGGAAAUUCCGCCGCUGUCAGCAGCAGACGGAGGUAAAGUAGUGGCUCAGCUAGUACUAGGCGCGGGCAGAAGGGAACACGGGAAGCUCGUGGUAGAAGGCAGAGAAAUAAAGACACCUUCUCAGCUGUAG